UCGCCCACGAAUGAAUGACGUAGUCGAACGUGUGCUUCCGGGAUUGGUCCACCUGGCCAGCUGGCAUCAGCUUCAGGCGUCACGAUGAAAAUUUAAUUUACCAAGCGAAUUGUUCUCGCCUAGUAGUCUGCGUGCCAUAACUUGUAGCACUCUUCCCUAGCAACUAGAGCUCGCGUUUUGCAAUAAUUUACCCCGUUUGAACAUUCAGGAUGGCAGCUAGGCUUGACUGUAGUGUGUUGUCGUGGCACAUGUUGUUUGUUUUGAUGGUGUUGUUUACCACCUGUGCCCGUGCACAACAAGACCAGAAGAUCGGCAGUAUCAAGUUCUCGGGACCAGACGUGAACAGCGAAGAGUCCGAGUCUAUGCACAUGCCGGACUAUCUGAAGUGUGACGCCUGUAGGAUUAUUGCUUACAAGUUUACAGAGAGGCUGGAGAAGGUAACCAAGAAGCGAACAAAGACCCUGAGUGAGUCGGAGAUCAUUGACACGUUUGAGGAGGUGUGCGAAGCAUCCUGGGAUGACUAUGGCAUUAAGGAGGUUGAUGGUCUGAAGAGGCUGUCUGGUCCUGGUCUGGAGACUAAAGAGGUGCCUGGAGUCAUGCAGGGGGGAGGCAAGUGGCCGUACAGGUUGAAGGAGAUGUGCUACAACUACGUUGGAAUUGAAGGAGAAGAAGAGCUGUACGACGUCUUUAAGAGCAAGACAACUCUGGAGAAAUUCUUGUGUAAGGAGUCCAACGGACCCUGUCACCCCAAGAACAAGAAAACCAAGAAAGUGGAGGAAGAGAAAGAAAAGGAAGAAUUGUGACAACAUCGUCAUCAUCAUCUGGUGUUUCUCUUUUCUGUAGAAGUGCCUGUCAUGCUUAAAUUCCAAUUUUCCCACCAAAAAGAGACAAAUUUAUUAAUGUACAUCAUCAUUAAUCAUCCAUGUACCUAAGAUAGAGAUCAUGUGUUAUACUUUGAUGGUUUUGUUUAUUCAUGAUACAUUAUAACACUGAGCUCUUAAGUACAG